AUGACUAUACCCAAAUUUUCCAUUGACAGUCUGAGUAUUCGUACAUUAAAUAAUGAUCAAACAAAUACAAUUUAUUCUCCAUUAAAUGAUCUACUACAUGAAGAUGAAAACAAAACUGAUCAAGUUGUUCCAAAACACUAUUUAAAACGUAAAUUAAAAAUAACAACAACCUAUAAUAAGCGAAAAUAUACACAAUGUAGUAGGAAUCCGUACACUUUACCAUCAUCGACAAAAAUAAAUUUUUCUUCAUCAAAAUAUCAUAUUAUUUUAAAUAACCGAUCAAUUGAUAAUGAUGAUGAUCAUAUUGUACCAGAUCAAUAG